GUACAGGAACGAAAGCAAAAUACGUCGGUGCACGCACAAUGCAACUGACACGUACUUGAUGAGGACUGUGAGAGUUUUCAAGAUUGAAGGACGAAAAUUCAUUGAAGAAGAAGACUGUUGUUUAUUUCCUUUUACUGUGAUGAGUAGGAGGCUUUCUAAAGAGUCAAUUCCAGAGUCACCUGUUCAAUUCAUUACGGUCUGACGCUGCAACGUUUGCUUGCUGUUGAAUUAUGCGUAUACUUCAUUCAGCAGCAGUCAUCACGCCAGUUUCUCAUCAGUUUAGCGGCCGUUGCGUUGUUCUUCAGAUCUGUCCACUUUAUACUAGGAAUACUAACGAAGGAAUCUUUUGAGAGGGUGUAAUUCUGAUCUCCGAACAUAAUGGCUUUAUUUAAUAGCAUCAAGGGUGGUAAUAAUGUACACUGGAUGUCAACAUCUAACAGCCAAGAAAAUGUUGGUGGUGGUAGCACCUCUCCUACAAGUCCUACUGGGUUUGACCCUGCUGUAGGUGGAGCUUCGACAGCAUCAUCAUUGUCAUCAGGAAACAGUGAUUCCUCAUCAUCAUCUUCGUCAUCCCAGUUUGGAUUUCUCAGAAACACUCUCUACCCAUCUACUACUGGGCCAGGUGGCACAAUCAGCAGAGAGGACCAAUUCUUCUGUAAGGUUUGUAAGGUUAAUCUGUCGGGAUUGGAGCCAGCCAAGCAGCAUUAUACUGGUAAGCAACAUCGGAAGGCAGUCCAAGCUCAAGUAUCUGGACAAUCUGCAGGAGACGGAUUAACCCUCCCCUUGGAAUGCAAGGUCUGCCAGAAGAAGUUCACAGGACCUUCUUCUGCAAAGCAGCACUAUGAGAGCAGCAAGCACAAGACUGCAGUGCAAGGUGCAGCGUUCUGGGCGCAGAAUCAAGGUCAAGGUGGCACGGUUCCAUCAGGUGUUACAGGGUUGGGACCUGUAACUAGGGAAGCUGGAAGCAUUCCAACAUCUCCAAGAGCUAGCCAACAGGUUUCAUUAUUGAAUGAUUCUGUUCCAGAUGGGGCUUUGAACCAGCGUCAGCAUCAAGCAGAAGCACCGAGAGCCCAAUCCAACCUUGGAACCUCUGCAAGAGGACUCCAGCAAUCAGGAAGCCAUCCUCCAGAGGGAUUUGCUUCGGUCAUCAAUCCUAGUAGUGAACAGCUCAAGAAGCAUAUCGCCAAGGUAUGCUCCUCUGUUUUACAGCGAUACCUGAUGCAGCUCAUCCCAGAUCUCACCGAUCAGAUCACGGACAAAGUGCUUGAGGAACUGUCAAAGGCCACUCCUGUAAAUUCUUCUCAUAGUGAUGCAGGAGCAAUGGUGCCACCAAGACAGGAUGCCUCUGCAGCAGAAGCAUUGCAUUCUGUCAGCACUGAUUUCCAGAGCAUGCCUUCGCUAAUUGAUGGUCUCAAUUCUUUGGACCUGAGGGGAGCAGUGAAAUCUGCUCCAGAGAUCACCAACAUCCACAACGAUCUUAGCAAACGCUCUACCCCUAAUCAUAACGAUGUCUGGAAUUCUCUCAUAGACAGCAAGAAAUAAAAUAAUUAGUAAAAUUCAAGAGCUGCCUUUUUCUCAGUUGGGAACUCACAAGUGGGUUAUCAUUACCAAGUCUAUAAUGGGGAGUGCAGGAAAGCCACUAUGAAAAUAUGCAUAGCGCCCUCUUUCGCCGGAUUCCUGCUGAAAAAUCAAAGAUCGGGAAGACCUGGUUUUCCCGAUCAACAGCUUACAAGUCAUAAUUGUCUCAUUGGAUUGCGUGUAAUUGAAAAAAAUCUCCCUCCUUCCUUUGUAAACUCUUCCCGAUAGGUAAAUAUUAAAGUUGGCAGCUCUGUGUUUGUCUCUGUGGUCAAAGCAAGUCACCUUUUUCAGCAAAUCAAAACCGUUCAAUUUAUCUUUGAAUCAUUUGAAUAACUACUUUUGUGGUUGUAAGAAUUUCCAAGAUUAUUGUAUACUGUGUAUGUUUACAUGUCUACAUAUAUCAUGUCUAGUGUAAACUGAAUGUAAUUCAGCCUUUUGGCUGGUAUUUCCUGUGCUAUUCGUAGUAAACCAAUUCAGUAACAAUAAUCCAAUCCAAACAAUUGUUUAUAUUCAUGACAAACAAAUAAUAUCGAUACAACAUCCUUAUUUAUUUUCAUAAUUUAUUUAGACAUGUACAACAAACCAAAUAGUAACUCAAACAAAGAGGAAAACAAAACUUAUUGGAUAUGUACAUAGUACCAAUUAUCCUAUGCAUGGAUAUCAUUCAAGGUUAAAGGUCAAUCUAAUAACAGGGCAAUAGCAAUAUCUAUUACAUUAAAUAUUGAAUUUAAUGCCACAUAAUAGAUUGUAUUCUAUAAUAAACGCAUAUUUCAUUAAUUAAGAUAUGAGCAAAAUCAUGAACAUGAAAUAAAUUCAUAUUGAAUACAUUAUAUUAAUUCAUAAUAUAUUGAAUAAUAAGCAAAGAUGAAAUUGAAUACAUUUUAUAUUUUGAUUGCAACUUUCCAUACAUUUGACCAAUCAGGAGCCAGCUUUCAAUAAACUAUGAUGGAAACACUGAAUAUUAAGCCAUGUGAUUGGUGCAGAUGUGCAUUUAAAUUAUAUAUGAUUGCCAAACCUAGAUUUGGUGGGAAUGGAUUAAUGCUGGCAUGCGAUAUGGAUGCAUGAAUACAUAUAUACAGAGCCCAAUUGAUAAUGGUGAUAACUGGACUGGUUCUAAUCAGUUUCAUAUGAACCACACAAAUCUACGCAAGUCAAAUUUAGUGUGGGUGUGUGCGUAUGUGUAGAUAUUUCAAUCAUGGUCUAUCGAAAUUUUGGUCUUGAAAAUCAUAAAAUGCAAAAUGAACAAAAUCAUAAAAUCAUGACAUGAUGCUUAAUUUUCCCAAUAAUAUUUCAUUCAUGUUAACUUCAAUAUGCACCAAAAUAUAUAGCAGCUUAAGAUAAGCUAUGUAUUUCCCUGCCAACUACUGCUUGUACACAGACUAAUCGCUACCAGUACGUUUUAGGGGUUGUGUGCAAAAAGGGCAAAUUAUAUGCUCAGCAUACCGAUCAAUAAAUUAAUAAUACAGGAAUGUAGAAUGCACUGGACGGACAAAUUAAUACAAUACCAUAAUGCACAUAGGGGAUUAUUCAAGGAAAUACAUUCAAAUCCCUGCAAGGGACUGUGCCUUGAAAUACAAGUAUGUUUAGUUCAUUACACAUUUUAAACUGCACAUGUGGGACUGAAGAAAUAAAUAGAAUAUACUGUAAUCAAAUGUAUACUGACAUUGAUAUACAUGUACAUGUAUAUCAACUUAAUGUAUAAUAUACAACUUAAUGUACAAAUCAUGAAAGUAUUGGAAAUCCAAAUGCCCACAUGGGACUAUUCAUGUACUAUGUUCUGAUAAUGUUCAUUGCAUAAAAUAUCAAAAUACACAUUUGGGACUGUUGAUAUCAUGAAGUUUGUAAUGAAAAGAUGUACUUUUUUGUGAUCAUAAAUUGACUGACUUACACAUUCGUCACUGCUAAAAAAUAAUUUCAUAUUGAAUAUUAUUGAUAAUUAAACAUAUGUUCAUUCGAUAGAAUAUCAAAAUGCACAUGGACUGUCGAAAUAAAUAGAAAGUUAAGUUCAUAAAUGAAUAGAUCAUUUUCUUAAUUGUAAUUUUACUGACUAAGACAAAACUUUCUACAAAAUAAUUUUAUAGUGAAUAUUAUUGAUAUUUUUUUUGUCAAUUAUCUUACACCAUCACAAAGAACAUGGUCCAAUAUAAUAGUGGUCAUAUCUUUAUAUUUUAUGUACACUCUAUACAUAGAAUCAUUGUGAUAUUUUUGUGUGUAUUUGUUAGGUGGGUCACUUUUUAAUAACAAGAAUUGACAGACAAUUGUGAAAGUAUUUCUAGGAAACAUUGACAAAUAUUACUCAGACAUGUAUGAAGAAUGUAUAACUUCUCAUGUUAUUUGAAUUAAUGGAACUAAUUAGCAGUAAACCAAAAAUUGUAUGCAAUGGAAUAAUGGCAAAUUGAGAGCCCUAUACACGAAUUGUACUCCUUCCAAAGGAGAUCAUGAGAUAUACAUGUAUUGGAAAUAGCCUUAUUAA